UGUUUAUUGUCUCAUCUAGCGGAAACGGAACGGGAUAGUUGGACGUUGCUACGUGGCCUCCAUUGACGUGGCAAUUUCAGUUUACAGGCAAUGAAAAUGCUAACCUCCCUGUUCGUCCUGCUGGCCGUGACGGCAGCAUGUGCCGGGGUACCAGAGGAUACCAAAAGGAUGAUGGACAAGCUCUCAGAUGCGGAACAUUUCAAGAAUGAGCACCACAGCAAACAGUUCGACCACGAGGCGUUCCUUGGAGAGGAUCAGGCCAAGACCUUUGAUCAGUUGCCCCCGGAAGAGAGCAAAAGGAGACUUGGGCUGAUCGUAGACAAGAUAGACGGUGACGGUGACGGGUUCGUGACCCUCGUGGAGCUGAAGGACUGGAUCCGGUACACGCAGAAGCGGUACAUCGAGGAGGACGUGGAGCGCCACUGGAGGCAGCACAACCCGCAGGGCGCGGAGGCCAUUCCAUGGGAGACGUACCAGAAAAACGUGUACGGGUUCAUGGAAGAAAUGUCCCCGGCGGAGCUCUCGGCGCCGAACAGUGAAGGCUUCACGUACUCCAACCUGCGGAAGAGGGACCGCAGGCGCUGGACCUACGCUGACGGGGAUUCGGACGACGCGCUGAACCGCACGGAGUUCGCGUCGUUCCUGCACCCGGAGGACCACCCCAACAUGCGGGACAUCGUCGUGCUGGAGACGCUCGAAGACAUCGACAAGGACAAGGACGGCAAAGUGUCCCUGGACGAGUACAUCGGGGACAUGUACCAGGCCGAGGAGGGCGAGGAGGAGGAGCCCGACUGGGUCAAACAGGAGAGGGAGCAGUUUGCAGGCUACAGAGACACGGACAAAGACGGUUACAUGGACGCGAGCGAGGUGAAGGAGUGGAUCGCGCCGCCGUCGUUCGACCACGCGGAGGCGGAGGCGCGGCACCUCGUGUUCGAGGCGGACGCCGACGCAGACGAGCGCCUCACGAGGCGCGAGGUGCUCGACAAGUACGACCUGUUCGUGGGCUCGCAGGCCACUGACUUCGGCGAGGCGCUCGCACGGCACGACGAGUUCUAG